AUGGACGAACCGCUCGGGCGUCCGGGCGUGAUGGAGGACCUCUGGAAUCCUGCCAAGGCGGCGCGGCACCUGCUCGCGGGCGACGGCGGUGCGGUGUACGCGCUGCCACGCUGGAGGCUCGUCGUUCUGAUGGUUUGCGUCGUCCUGACGUCCAUCACGUUCACGGUCGGGCUCGGUGCUCUCAAGCGAUGGCUCCAUCGCUCCAGCCGCGUCGGUGUUGCUUGGAUGCUCAAGGCCCUCGAGGAGGAGCUGCUGGCCCUCGGCUUCAUAUCCUUGCUUCUGUUUGCCAUCCAAGAAGAACUCCUCAAGAUUUGCGUGCCCUGCGACGACCAGACAUGCGACGACCCCCUCCACAAAGACGACGCGUGCCCGGACGGCUCCGAGCAGUUCUUCACACGCGGCGCGAUCCACAGCGUGCACCUCCUCAUCUUCCUCAUCGCGUGCACCCACGUGACGUACCUCUUCUUCUCCCUCCUCGUCGUGCUGCUCAAAAUGCGCCGCUGGGUGCCCUGGGAGCAGCACGCGUCCGCUGCGGCGCGCCACGGCCUCGAGCUGGACCUGCGCUCGCGGCGCGUGGCCGACCGGAAGACCUCGCGCGCGCUGCGGCGCAUCCGGCACUACGCCCACGCGGUCAUGGGCACCGUGAUGGAUCACAUCGAGGAAGCUGAUUACCACGCGCUGCGCACGAUCGUGGUCCAGGGUCUCGGGAUCCACGUGGACUUCGACUUCCUGCACUACCUCGUCAUGGGCGUCGAGGAGGAGUACGCCCAGUUCUUCAGAGUGGGGUGGAUCAACUGGGUGCUCGUCGCGGUGUGGGUCGUGGUGCCCUACUCCGCCUACAUCUUCGCCAUCCUCUCCCUCCUCGCCACCGUCGUCGCCGGGUACAAGCUCUCCUCGAUUGCAAACAUUCUCGCCAACCAAGCUUUUCUCGAGUACGGAAGCACGAUCCCAGCGCCCGGCGCGCGCCCGGCGCGCGAGGACGCGCGCGCAACAUCGCGCCAGCCCGCGCGGCCCGCGCGCCGCCGGAACCUCGAGCGCGCGUCCGCGACGGUGUUCGACAGCGUGGUGCCGCACCCGGGGGAAGAUGGCCGCCCAAUCGGCGACCUGCUGCCCGGGCCGCCGGCGACGAUGAAGCGCGGCGGCGGACUGCUGCGGCAGGCGACGCUUCGGAAGGCCGCGGAGGGCGCCGCGCCGUCGGCGCGGCCGUGGUGGACGCACGCGCCGUCUGCGGCGCAGCCGCCGUCGUCGCGGGCCGCGCACGUGGCGGAGCCGGGCCAGCCUGCGACGCUGAACGGCGGGAGUGACAGCGAAGCGAACAAGUCUGAUUCCGGGACGGAGGCGUCGCGGCAUAAGUCUGCGCAUAAGGCGGCGGCCGCGGCGAGCGCUGCGGCGGAGCGGAGGCAGCAGCGCGAGGGGCGGACCCGGGCGCCCGGGAAGGCGGCCGCGCACUUGCCGGCGGUUCUGUCGCUGAAGAAGCGCGGCGCGUCCGAGGGCGGCGAGGCCCUGGCGCACUCGUUGUCGGCGCAGCGCUCGCGGGCGGCCGCGGGACGCCCGCAGGUGAACGGUGUCGCGAACGGGCUGCAGCGGCGGAGCAUGCGCGAUCCAAACUCGACGCUCGAGGACAUCCAGGAGAACAAAGUCCACGUUCCGGACGACGUCGGGCGCCGCGUCCGCGCGCCGUCGUCCCCGCGCUCUCACUGCAUCUCCGACGGGCACUCCGCCGAGGGCGUGACCGUGCACGGCGGCAUCCACGGCUGGCUCAAGCGCACGGCGGGCGCGGACCUCGACCCCGGCACCGCACCGCGCCCCGCGGCGCUGCUGCAGAUCGCGGGCGAGUGCGGGUUUCUUGGCAACGACCCCGACGAACUGGAUCGCGCGCAGCGCGAGCUGGACGCGGUGGUCUCGGACCACCGCGCCGCGCCGAUCGAGAUGGAGGAGGGCGUCUCGCAGCGCCGCGCGCUGGGGCUCACACGCAGCACGAACCUACGGCGGGCACCCGCCGCCAAGCCGGCCCCGCCGCCGCCGCCGCCGCCGCAGCCGCAGCGCGCGCAGCCGCGCCACCGGGCGUCCGCGGAGGGCCGCCCCCUGCACUCCCGCAUCAUGGCGCGCUCCAUGACCGUCCCGUCCCGUCGGGGGGGGUCUAUGGACGAGCCCGAUGGUCCGGAGAAGGUGUCGCAGGAUUCCACGGAGGCGAUGUCGGGGGGGGCGUCGCCGCGGGAGCGGCGCGCGACGGAGGACGGGUCCGGGGUGGAGGAGGCCGGGCGCGGGCGCGGGCAGCGCGCGGGGCUGCUGAGCACGUCAGCGCUCAUCCGGGGGCGUCCCGAGGAGCUGUUUUGGUUCUCGCAGCCGAUUUUGCUGCUGCGGAUGCUGCAGUUCUCGUUCUUCGAGAACGCGCUGUCGAUCGCGGUCGUGCUGCUCCUCGCGUGGGUCGGCCGCGAGGAGGAGGGGGGGGCGUCGGAGAUCCUCCCUGGCUCAGUGCCGUGGUUCAUGCUGCUCACGCUGCUCACGGUCGACGUCGCGGUGAUGAUACACGCGAGCUGGGUGUCGGUGCCGCUCUACGGCAUCGUGUCGCGCGCCGCCGCCUCGACACGUCUGUCGGUGUUGCGCUACUUCAACGACUCGCAAAUCAAGCCGCAGCUGCUGCGGCACCUGCAGCAGCAGCGCGGCGCCGGCAGCCUGGUCGAGGAGCGGCCGAAGCGCGCGGACAGCCGGACGUCGAAGGCGGGUGGCAGCAGCGCCGGCGGCGACCGGCGGCGCACGCUGGCGCGCAACAGCAUCGGCAAGCGGCUGGUCGGGGUGUCGCAGCAGCUCAUGCGCGGCGUGGGGAAGCUCGCGAACGCCAGCCUCGGGAUCACCGAGGACGGCCUGGCCAGCCCCGUGCAGCGCGCCUCCACCGCCAAGCUCAUGGACGCGGUCGUCAAGAGCGCGCAGGCGCGCGCGCCGGGCGCCGUCGCCGUGCGGCCGGUCGGCGGAGCAGCGUCGCUCGCGUCCGACGCGGACGACCACGAGCAUCCGACUGCCGACAACCUCGUGAGAAAGUCGAUUGAUCACGCGCUGGGCCUGUAUCCCGGGGAGCAGGCGCCACCCGCGAGGCGCACGGCGGGCUCGCAGGCCGGGGACGUGCCCGCGGAGGCCGUCGACCACGUCGCGGGCGCCGCGGCCGCGGCCGCGGCCGACGUGGGGUUGUCUCCGGAUAACAUCCCCAUGGACUUGCUGUUCGAGAAACUCGGGUAUAACAAACCCGGGGCGGGCGAACAGCCAGCUGCGGGGGUGCCCGUCGUUGAUCUGGCGCCGUCGUCGUCGCUGUUGGGCGGGGAGGUGCCCUCGCAGCGGGACGCGUUCGACAGCGAGGCACGUUGCACGGAGGGCCCCGACGACGACGAUGACGACGACGGAGGGGCGCGUGUGUGA